GAAUAAGGUUACUCGUACGAAGAAAGAUCCGCGACGAAAAAAAAAAAAACGUUUUGCUCAAACACUAUGUGUGAUAGUAUCAACUUUUAGCAGCUCAUCUGUCGAUCUUCUACUAGUACCCGGAUUCAGAUCUCAAACGUCAGUCAGCCAGCUUCUAAAUUUAUAAUAGUCGCAGAACCUUACACUUUUCAGCGAAAGCCACCAUGAGGAUAUAUCGCCCGGGAACAAUAGAUAUCCCCAAGGAUCUAAAUUUAACAGAACUCCUUCACAGAUCUGCCUAUCCAGAAAUCCCAGAGUCUCAUUUAAUCGCCAAGGACAGUCUGACGAACCGAAGCAUCACGAUCGGGCAGCUGCGCGAUCGAGCUGGGAAAAUCGCCAAAGGUCUUAAAACAAAGCUCAACCCGGUCGACCAAGCGAGAUGGGCCAUUAUCCUACCAAAUAGUGUCGACUUUCUCGAGAUUUUCCACGCGAUCCUCUGGACGGGUGGCGUCGGUUGUCCUAUCAAUCACGGCUUGAAAGCUGCAGAGAUCGGCCAUGGACUCGUCGUCUCAAGACCGCAUUUCGUGGUCUCCUACGGGAACACUAUUCCCGUGGUUAAGGAAGCUUUACAACUCGCCCAAAAAGAACUCGCCGACCAAGGAGUAAGCUGGGAUCAACCGAAGAUCAUAACAAUUAUCAGCCGAGUGGAGGGGUUUUCUCACUUACCGGACGACUACAUCUCGUCGCAGCGUCUACCAAUUCCGCAUUGGCCUGACACGACGAGUCGCCUCGCAUCGAUCCACCUAUCGUCCGGAACUACAGGAAGCCCGAAAGGAGUCGAGCUGACGCAUUACAAUUUCGUCUCAAAUUGUUACCAGCUCGUCGCGCACGACCGAAAGAUUUUUAACCCGAACGGUCGGGUAGUAGCCUUCACGCCAUGGACUCACAUCGCCAACACCACACUGCCGCUCUUCCUGGGCCCUUACGCCGGAAUGAUGCACCACGCCAUGCCGAGCUACAACCUUGAAGAUUUUGCCAAGCUGGUCGGAUCAAACCAGGCUACGAUCUUCCAAGGGGUCCCGAGCGUGGUCCUCCAGAUGGCUAAUUCCGACGUGACGAGCCGGUUCGAUUUCAGCCACGCGAAAUACAUAUUCGUCGGCGGCCCGCUGAAGAAGGACCUUAAAGACCGUCUGUUCAGCAAGGCGCCUUGGAGACCUAUGCAGGCAUACGGAAUGACCGAGGCCGCCGGGUACGUCGCAUUCCAGAAGGCCGGCGAAGAGCCGCAGCCGGACGGGGUGACAGGCCAACUGCUGCCGAACAUCGAGGCGUGUCUGAAGAAAGAGGGCAGCACGGAGGACGCGCCGGAAGGCCAACCGGGCGAGCUCUGGCUCCGAGGACCGAACCUGACGCGCGGGUACGCGUUCAACGAGGAGGCGAACGAGAAGGCGUUUACGAUGAAAGGAUGGUACAACACGGGAGACGUGUGCACGAUCGACGCGCAGGGACGGGUAAGCAUCGUAGGCAGGACGAAGGACCUGAUCAAGUACAAGGGCUUCCAGGUCUCGCCCGCCGAGCUGGAGAGCUACCUCAACGUGCAUCCCAACGUGGUGGAAGGCGGGGUCGGCGCGCUCUGGGACGAAAGCCAACUGACGGAGCUCCCGACGGCGUGGGUCAUACUGAAAGAUAAGUUCGAGACCGCGCAGGAGAAGAGGCGGGCUCUGAAGGAGGUGCACGAGGCGGUGGACAGUCAGGUAAGCGGGUACAAGAAGCUUAGGGGAGGGGUCUGGGAGAUCAAGGCGCUGCCGAAAAAUGCGACGGGCAAGAUUUUGAGGAAGCAGAUGGUUGCUAUGAGGGAUGGGCUGUGCUCAUUAGAAGACCCCAUCAAGGCGAAAUUAUAAUAUAUCAAAUAUUAAGGCUUUAUAAUGGGCGAUUCCACGCUGAUAAUAGAGACUCCAACCCUAACAUCGCAC